AUGGGCAGCAAACUAUCACCACUUUUGGCGGAUGUGUUCUUGAGUGAUUUUGAAGUAGAUCUGACAAAAGAAAAACUCUCCCCUCGAAUCUGGAGGCGUUACGUGGACGACGUCUUUGCGAUAAUUAAAGAGCGCUACCUCCCACAAACACUUGAUCUGCUGAACUCCAAACAUGAAACAAUCAAGUUUACGGUUGAGAAGGAACAGAACAGCACCCUCCCUUUCUUGGAUCUUCUGAUCACCAGAAAAGAGGACAAUACGCUGAAGUUUGGUAUCUAUCGUAAACCAACGUCCACCGAUCGAUACAUAAUAUCAGAAUCCAACCAUUUUGGUGCCCAAAAGCAAGCUGCCUUUCAUUCGAUGGCGCACCGACUAUUCAAUAUUCCAAUGGAGGAGAUGGAGUUCGAAGCGGAAAAAAUGAAGAUCCAUGAAGCAGCGAAAUUGAACGUGAACCCAUUCCGUCCCAUCACCUAUCAGUUUCCCCCCGGAUCGAAUUUGGAUGCGGAAAACCCACAUCAAUUAUUGCAAGCCCCAACCGCAUUAAUGCAUCAAACAACCACUUUGUGUCGAAUCGAGCGUGGGUAA